AGCUGUAUCUUACAUUCAAUACCGUCUGGUUUACAGACUGGAGCUGUGUAUGGGAAUACACUGGAGUACUACCUUGAUUUAUAUUCAACUUAUUCCUACCUGAACCUAUAUCGUCUGUAGCAGUGAAAAACAGCAGAGGAGAAAGAGAGCAAUAAUGUGGAGUGUAAUGACAGUGUAAUGACUGAAGGGUCAAGAAAUACAGGGAGAGAGACAUGGCUGAUCCAGCAAUGUUAUUGGCUGUUGGUCUGUCUUUGGGACUCUUCCUCUUGCUUCUGAUUGGUGUAUCUGUCUACUUCCUGUGGAGGAGGCGCGGCCAAAGACGAUACCGGGAAAUGGUCACCACGUCAGCCCCCUUCCCAGCGUGCACCACUCCAAUUCUCCUGACCAAUCAGAGAUCCAGGUACAGGCCAGAUGAGAUCCCAUUCUUCCUGCCACCCCGAUUUAAACCAACUCUCAGGAGCGAGGAGGGGGAGAAAGAGGGGCAGAAGGACUUCAGCAGCACACAUCGUGGAUCUCUCACAGUAGGGAGCUGGUAUCCAGUAGGUAGUGUAAGGGCAGGUCUGUACUGGGUCCCUGAUGUCAGUGAGGUGUCACCCCCUCCUGGUCGCACCGUGCAACUGUGCUUCUCAGUGACCUAUCACCACGACAACGAACAGCUUUAUGUCUCCCUGCUCCGCCUGAGCAACUUGCCAACAUGUUUCUAUAGUAACGACACACUGGCAGAACUGCGACUUCUCCCUGACGACCGUCGCCGACAUAAGGCCAGGGCCCGAUGCAGGGGUCGCGACCCCGAGUUCAACGACAGCUUUGUGUUCCAGGUGUCGGGUGUGUGUGUAUCUGAGAGUGUGCUCAGUGUGUAUGUGUUGAGUGUGGAUCGGGGGGGCAGGCACCAUGCGGUGGGCAGGGUUCUGUUCCCUGUUGAGGGGGAGCUGGGGGAGGGGGGCAGGCUGCUCUGGAGAGACCUAGAGACUAAGGACGAAACGCAGUGUUCAGGUCUGGGUGAUAUUCAGGUGUCUCUGAACUACAGUCCGUCUCUACAGCGCCUCAAUGUGGUCGUACUGAGAGCACGCAGCCUGCAGAUACACACUGACACAGGCGUGUGUUUCCAGGUGAGCCUACAGAUCCACACUCAGGUAGUGAAAUCCAGAUGGACGCCAGUGGUUAGUGGUGGAGCUGACCCUGGCUUCAACCACAAGAUGACCUUUAAGCUCCGCCCCUCUCAGCUCGACCAGGCCUGUCUGAGCUUGGAGCUGAUUGGAUCAGGCCUUACCCCAGUAGGUGUGGUGGUGCUGGGGCCGUUCAUGUAUGCCAGGGGGCCUCAGCUUCAGCACUGGACUGACAUGGUCAACACACCCAACGAACUGGUCAAACAGUGGCAUGGACUGGGCAAGCCCACAUAACACACACACACACACAGCAAGAUACAAAUUCAUUUAAUUGUCAACA